AUGGCCGCGACCAAGUCGUCGUCUAGAUUCAAUCACCUGCCCCGCGCGGCAUCUGGCCCGUUGAAGUGCGCUCUUACGGGGCAGCAGCUGCUUUCGGUGGCUCAGUACAAUAAAGGAUCGGCUUUUCCGAAUGAUGAGCGGAAAGAGUUUGGGCUUUACGGGCUUUUGCCGCCCAAGAUCCAGACACUUGAGGAACAGGUGGAUCGGGCUUACCAACAGUAUUCCAGCUGUGGCGAUGACCUCGCCAAGAACACAUUCAUGGCGAGCAUGAAGGCGCAGAAUGAGGUUCUGUACUACAAGCUACUUCAAACGCACCUCAAGGAAAUGUUCAGCAUCAUCUACACGCCAACUGAAGGAGACGCCAUUCAGAACUAUUCUAGACUUUUUCGAAAGCCUGAGGGGUGUUUCCUCAAUAUUCGGGAUCAAGAUUCAAUUGACCGAUGCUUGGCAGCCUAUGGCGGUGCAGAAGAUAUCGAUUACAUCGUGGUCAGCGAUGGUGAAGAGAUUUUAGGUAUCGGCGAUCAGGGUGUCGGCGCUGUUCUCAUAUCUGCCGCAAAGUUGACCAUUGCGACUUUGUGCGCUGGCGUUCACCCAUCACGGCAGUUGCCCGUCGUCCUGGACUGCGGCACGAAUAAUGAAGAUUUGCUCCAGAACAAACUAUAUCUCGGUUUACAAGAGCGUCGUGUACGAGGCAAAGAAUACGAUGACUUUGUGGACAAGUUCGUACGAGCUGCACGCAAGCACUAUCCAAAUGCCUACAUUCAUUUUGAGGACUUUGGCCUCCAAAAUGCCAGACGGAUCCUCGAUAGAUACCAAUCUGAGAUUUCUUGCUUCAAUGACGAUAUUCAAGGCACUGGCUGCGUCACAUUGGCUGCUAUGCUCGCUGCACUGCAAAUAAGCGACGUCAGCAUUAACGACGUCCGUGUUGUCAUUUUUGGCUCAGGGACUGCGGGAAUGGGAGUCGCGGACCAAAUCGCCGACGCCAUUGUGGCACAGACAAAUAAGUCCAAAGAAGAUGCACGCAAGCAGAUUUGGUGCAUCGACAAGCCGGGCCUUCUUCUCCAGUCCCAUGGCGAUAAGCUAAAUCCGGCCCAAGUCCCGUUUGCGAGAGACACCGACGAGUGGCCAGCCGACAAGCACCACGACCUGCUUUCCGUGAUUGAACGUGUCGAGCCUCAUGUCCUGAUUGGUACAUCGACAAAGCCGAACGCCUUUGACGAGAAAGUUGUUCGUGCGAUGUCCAAGCGUGUCGAACGGCCUAUUGUUUUUCCCUUGAGCAAUCCAACACGUCUACACGAAGCGAAGCCCCAGGAUCUCUUCGACUGGACCGACGGAAAGGCUCUCGUCGCAACAGGCAGUCCAUUUCCGCCAGUGGAGCACGGGGGCAAGAAAAUUGACAUUGCCGAGUGCAACAACUCUACUUGCUUCCCCGGGAUCGGCCUGGGAGCGAUUCUGUCUCGCAGCCGGCUCGUCUCCAAGAAGAUGCUGGUCGCCGCCGUCGAAGCACUGAAGGCAAAGUCGCCCGCGCUUGAGGAUCCCACAGCCGCACUAUUGCCUGACGUAGAAGACGUCCGAGAAAUAAGCGUCGAGAUCGCCGCCAGCGUAAUUCAAUGCGCGGUCGAGGAAGGGCUCGCGCAGGAGGAGGGUAUCCCGUCUGAGGAUGAUGAACUGAAAGAAUGGAUUCGAGCGCAGAUGUGGGAUGCUGUGUACAGGCCGCUAGCUAAGCAGUGA